GAGGCAGGCCUUUCCCUGCCCUCGGCGCGGCCUCGGAGGGCGGUGCGGGACUGGGCCUGUCAGCGGGCAGGGCGGGCCGGAGUGGAGCCAGGUGCUCGGGAGAGGCCGUGCCGGCGGUGUUGGCUCCAGUCCGCCGGUCGCGGGGGCCACGGGAGCAGUGAGGUGAGGCGGGCCGGGCCGGGCCGGGCCUGGCCUCGCCGUGCCGCGGGAGGCGAUCGGCCGCCGGCGGGAUGGCCCUGGUCCCCUACGAGGAGGGAGCUGGCUGGGGAGCGCGGCAGCUGCACAGCCCUUGGGCCAGCUACCGCUUCGCCAGCCACACCAUCCGCCUCAAGCAGGACUGGCGGCGGCUAGGGGUGGCGGCGGUGGUCUGGGAUGCGGCUGUUGUCCUGUGUACUUAUCUGGAGAUAGGAGGCAUUGAUCUCAGGGAUCAGUCUGUGAUUGAGCUGGGAGCUGGAACUGGAUUGCUGGGAAUAGUGGCCACAUUAUUAGACUGACAGAUGAAGCAAACAAUGCUUCUGUAUCUGCAACUGCUAUCUUCCCAGAGUCAUAUGUAACAUACAAGCUCAAACAUGUGGCUUGCAGAUGGAGUUCAAGCUUGCUGCGACAGGUCAGCUCAGGCCUACCUCUUCUUCCUCCCACAGCAGUAGGCUUAAACAGCAUCAUGUCCAACUUUUCUCUGCUGUUCCCUUCCUUCACUGCCUCCACUAAGUCUCACCUCGGCAGGCCUGGCUGUUCAUCCCGACACACUAAAUACUACAGGGACAAGUCUCCUCUCUCUUUCAGCUUCUCCGCUGCCACUACUGUCUCCACAUGACUUCAAAAGGAGCAGCUGCUCAUUUAGCCUUUCCUUGAGUCUUUCUGCCUCCAGAAGUUAAAACCCAAAGGGCAAACAGCUAAAGUGAACAAGUAAGACAAUCCAGAAAGUACUUGUGAAGAGUGCAAGGUGGGUCACCGAGGAUAAUGCAUGCAGGAAGCUAAAGAAUCUGGGAAAUGAACUACAUGAAUGUAUUAACUAAAAAAAAAUCAAUUCACCUCCAUGUUUGUACAAAUACAUCUGCAGUCAUACAGGUCUCUCACCAGUGACUUUUCUCUUUACAGCAACAAAUUCACACACCUCACAGAAUGAGUCUGACACUUUUACUUAAAGUUUCAUACUCAUAAUACAUGACAUUAGCAGAUGUGCUGCUUUGCAUCUCUAAAUAAAGGCAAGUUCUUUGGAAAGCAUUUCCCAAAAUGACUAAGAUGAGGAUUCCUAGUGCUUAACAUUCUAGUUCUAUGCAGGGCUGAUGGAAGAAAAAAAGUGUUGUAAAAUGUACAUGCCUGUUCUUCAUUAGACGCACUUCUCUCUUCCGCGCGGCCUCUUCUGCUGGCUGGGUUGGAAGUGCCGGAGAGGAUGCCAUGACUACGCCUGGGGCAAUGGUGCUGGUAGGGGCAGUGCGAAUCUGGUAGGUCUGCACGUCUCCUGAGGCAGCUGAAAGACACAAGGGAACAUGUUUGGUGACAGUGCUGUUAAAUGCAGUGCAAGAGCAUCUAGUCAUCUUCCAAACUACGCAUUCUGGGCUACAGUACAGGAGGGAUGACUGUCAUCUGGGUCAUCAUCGCCAACUCUGUCUUAGUUUAACAUGCACAAGGUUUUGGGGUAUUCCGGCUGAAGAAGUGUUCACUUGAGCUGGAUAACUCAAUUUGUCUUGCUAUAUUGCUGUGCUUUUUUCUUCCUUAGUACAUUGCUUUUUACUUCUCUGUUU